AUGCAAGCACUUCAACAGUCAAACUCGGGAACCGUUGUUGUAUGGAAACACAGAGCUUUGGUGGAUGAUAUUUACUAUAGCAACAUGGAAGUGUUUGAACGAGUGUUUUGGGCCUUCGGUCCUUGUAUCGAUGGUUAUAAACAUUGUAUGCCUGUUAUCUGUAUCGAUGUGACGCAAUUGUACGGGAAGUAUAAAGGAACACUGUUGGUUGCUACAAGUGUGGAUGCAAGCUUCCAAGUAUUUUCGCUAGCAUUUGCGUUGGUUGAAGGGGAAAACACUUCCAGCUGGUCUUGGUUUCUAGGCUGCAUUGGGGUUCAUGUCAUGCAACGAGGUGGCCUUUGUGAUAUAUCUAAUCGACAUGUUGGGAUCAUUGUAGCAAUGAAUGAUCUUAACGUUGGAUUCAACGAGCCGCGAGCUUAUCACAGGUUUUGUGUUCGCCACAUAGCUUCUAACUUGAAAACUCACGUGCGAAGCAAUAACACGAGAGAUACGUACAAGGCUGCUGCGUACCAAAGGCAAGAAAGAAAACUGCAAGCUGAUUUGUGUUCGAUCGGUCAGGCAUGUACCAAAUCCCCAGAGUAUAUUGCCCAAGUGCCGUUUCCUAUGUGGUCUUUGUUUCAAGACGCUCGUCGCAGAUUUAGGAUAUGUACUACAAACUUCUCUGAAACAUUUAACAAUAUGUUAAAGGGAGCUCGGUUUCUACCGAUCAUGUCCCUUGUCGAGUUAACUUUCCACAGAGUUAACAGGUACUUCACUUUAAGAAGGGAAUCUUCUGAGGCUAGGUCUGAACAUGGACUUGCAUACCCCCCAAAGGUCGCUGCCAUUCUGGAGAAAAACACCGCAAAAGCAAGAUAUCACAGAGUGGAUGCGUAUAACCGCCGACUACAUAUAUAUCAAGUUACAACAGAAAUGGGAGAGCGACUUGGUAGAAAGGAGGUCAUAAACAUAUAG